CUCGACCUUUGGGAGCCUACACGUCCGCUCAGGCGCUCUAAAUAUCAUCACAUAGGCCCACAGUACUCACCAUAUUUAUAUACGAGAGAUGAUGGAGGAAGGAAGGAAGGCUUUGCUGAACGCCGAAAAUUUGCCGACAAUGACGUUCUGAUCGAAGUUACACUAUCUCCUCCGUUUUUUUCUUUGCUAUUCUUCGACCACCAUGAUAUUAGACCGUCCGCCAUCGUCCAGCUCGACUAUUCUUCCCGAUUACGCCACGUCAGAAUACUCCGACUUAGAGAAUUCCCGUCCACCACGAUAUUGGACCCAUGAGCGUCCAGAGCAUCCAGUAACAUACACUUUUACUAACUGGAAUUCUAAGACAAUGUUGUUGAUACCUCCACCCAACACGGGAAGAGCAUCCGGAUCUGAGUCCUUACCAUCAUACACUAUCUCGGUAUCGCUGAACCUCAAUCCGUUUCUCCCAAUAUCGUACGUGACAAGUGUUCAUAGAGUUGGGUCGGAAGACAACCUGCUCUUGGGUGAAUUUGAGUUGGCCAUAAACCACUCUCGAGAAAUACUUAUGAUGAGAGGCUUCAAUACGCGCAUAUCAAACGUACUCUCCAAUAUACAAUCUUCACCGCGGCAUUGGUGGUGGGGUCUCGGUGGCAUAUCCCUUCGCUGGGAUUGUAGGACAGCGCUUGAAGAUGGGUCAUUCAUGUGCAUCUGCUACGCUGCGGAUGAAUCCAGGGGCCAGCUUGCAACGUUUAUCCCACCACCAAUUGCAUCGUCUCCACCUCUUCCAGACCCGAUGCUGACUGUGUUUCCAGAUGGGCAUCAAUUCUUUGACCACAUUUUGAUAUCUGCAUUGAUCAUUGAGAGAAAAAUGACAACGAGCUGAAGCAUUUUACCUCGACCGCGAGUAUGCGCGACGAACAACAUGCUUGCAAAUUAUAUUGAUACAUUAUUAUAUGGUAUUAGAAUACGUUAUAUGAUAGAACUAAUGCUACAUGAUAUUAACGCUAUAGGCGUGGUCUUGAGCUGUCAUAAUCUUCCUGGUUCCGAUUAUCUAGUUCAAUAGUAUGCAAGUUGACG